ACAAGCAAGAUGGCAGCUCAUCACAGGCAGAAUGCCGCUGGAAGGAGAAAAGUCCAGGUUUCUUAUGUGAUUAGAGAGGAGGUGGAGAAGUACAAUCGUAAUGGUGUUAAUGCUAUUCAGUUGGAUCCCACUGUUAAUAGACUGUUUACUGCUGGACGAGAUUCCAUCAUCAGGAUAUGGAGUGUCAAUCAACACAAGGACCCAUAUAUCGCUUCAAUGGAGCAUCACACAGACUGGGUGAAUGACAUUAUCCUCUGCUGUAAUGGAAAAACAUUGAUAUCAGCCUCCUCGGACACCACAGUGAAAGUUUGGAAUGCACACAAGGGAUUCUGCAUGUCAACGUUACGAACACAUAAGGACUAUGUCAAAGCUUUAGCGUAUGCAAAGGACAAGGAACUGGUGGCUUCAGCCGGACUGGACAGGCAGAUCUUCCUGUGGGAUGUAAACACGCUGACAGCUCUGACCGCAUCGAAUAACACCGUCACCACUUCCUCAUUGAGUGGAAAUAAGGACUCCAUUUACAGUCUGGCCAUGAAUCAAAUGGGAACAGUUAUCAUCUCAGGAUCAACAGAGAAGGUCUUGAGAGUUUGGGAUCCACGAACAUGUGCCAAAUUAAUGAAGUUAAAAGGACACAAGGACAAUGUCAAAUCAUUAUUACUAAACCGAGACGGCUCUCAAUGUCUCUCCGGUAGUUCAGAUGGUACGAUACGAUUGUGGUCUCUAGGCCAGCAACGAUGUAUCGCCACAUACCGUGUUCAUGAUGAAGGUGUCUGGGCCCUGCAGGUGAACGAGGCGUUCACACACUUCUACUCUGGUGGACGGGACCGAAAGAUCUACUGCACAGACCUUCGUAACCCUGAAAUGCGUGUGCUCAUAUGUGAAGAGAAUGCUCCCAUUCUGAAGAUGGAAUUGGACAGAUCAGUAGAUCCUCCUCAAGCCAUUUGGGUAGCCACAAGUAAAUCAUUUGUGAACAAAUGGUCUCUAAAGGGAGUGCAUAACUUUAGAGCAUCUGAGGACUUUGACAACGACUGCAGUGCCCCUUUAACUCCGUUGUGCACCCAGCCAGAGCAGGUCAUCAAAGGUGGCACCAGCAUCGUUCAGUGUCAUAUUCUCAAUGACAAGAGACACAUCCUCACCAAAGACACCAAUGACAGUGUUGCAUUAUGGGAUGUGCUCAAAGCAUGUAAGGGGGAAGACCUGGGGAAAGUAGACUUUGACGAGGAAAUUAAAAGGCAGUUUAAGAUGGUCUAUGUGCCAAACUGGUUUUCUGUAGAUCUCAAAACAGGGAUGCUGACUAUUACUCUGGAUGAAAGUGAUUGCUUUGCUGCAUGGGUGGCAGCUAAAGGUGCAGGUUUUAAAAGUCCUGAUGGUUCUGACCCGAAACUAAAUCUAGGUGGGCUGCUCCUGCAGGCUCUAUUGGAGUUCUGGCCCAGAACUCACAUAAACCCAAUGGAAGAAGAGGAAAACGAGUUCAACCAUGUAAACGGCGAUCAGGAGAAUCGAACACAAAAGGGCAACGGAUAUUUCCAGGUUCCUCUACACACUCCUGUCAUCUUUGGUGAAGCAGGUGCAAGAACACUGUUUAGGUUAUUAUGUCGUGAUUCCGGGGGAGAGACGGAGUCCUUGUUACUGAAUGAAACUGUACCUCAGUGGGUUAUUGAUAUCACUGUAGAUAAGAACAUGCCAAAAUUCAACAAGAUUCCUUUCUACCUCCAGCCUCAUUCAUCGUCUGGAGCCAAAACCCUUAAAAAGGAUCGUCUGUCUGCCAGUGACAUGCUGCAGGUGCGUAAAGUAAUGGAGCACGUUUAUGAGAAGAUCAUUAACCUCGACACUGAGUCACAAAGCACCAGCUCAUCAGCCAAUGACAAACCAGGAGAGCAGGAGAAAGAGGAAGAUGUGGCAGUGAUAGCCGAAGAGAAGAUUGAGCUUAUGUGUUUAGAUCAGGUUUUAGAUCCAAACAUGGAUCUCAGGACUGUUAAGCAUUUUAUCUGGAAGAGUGGUGGAGAUCUGACCCUUCAUUAUAAACAGAAAUCCACGUGAGAGCCGAGGACACCUCAGACCUCUGUAAAAAGACCCUUGAAUUGACUCCAAAUAAAGCACCCUGCUGUUCUCCGCUCUAAUAGUCGCCCAUGAAGAAUGUUUUACCGGUUCUCAUUGUCCAGGCUCAAAAUAGUGAACCAGCAGGAGAAAUCUGACUGACAGUUGAGGGUUAAGAGUCUUAAUGGGAUGGUUCACCAAAAAGUGAAAAUUCUCUUAUCAUUUACUCAUCCAAUCCAUGUGUACAACUUAUUUUCUUCUGCAGAACACAAAGAUUUUUAGAAGAAUAUCUCAGC